AUGACGGUCCAAACAUCAUGCGGCUACGGAGUCCCGCAACUCUCUCUGACCACCGAUCCCGACACGAAUUCUCCCAAGCCGUAUCUCAAGGACCGCGAGACGCUAGGCCACUGGGCCGGUAAGCGGGUCGCGGCAGGCGAGCUCCACUCCUAUCAGCGGGAUAACAACAGUCGCAGCCUGGAUGGACUACCGGGUCUGAAGACUGCCGUGAAAGAUAGCGGCCGGUCGGUGCUGUGGUCCGAGGUGCGGAAUUGGUCGUAUCGGUACCGGGCGGAGAUUGACCUGGUUAAGACGUCGGUUUUGAUUAUGCUUGUUGCGAUGGGCGCUGCGAGGUGGUUUGGUCUGACUGUUUAA